AUGACGGGGCUUGUGAUGGUGACUAAAUCCACCGUUGGUUGCGGCGGAGGAGGAGGAGGAGAGAGGAGAAAAUCCACCGUUGAGGAGGAAGAGCAGAACCAGCAACUCUCUCUCGUUGAGUUUCUUCUAACAGCUCUGCGUAAAUCUGUAAUAUCUUGCCGCGUCGAUGAUAACCGUCAAGACGACGUCGUAGGAGGAGGGAUCUCCUCAGCCGUCCAUCACAUGGAGAUCGGAUGGCCAACAAACGUUAGACACAUAACUCACGUGACGUUCGAUAGAUUCCACGGCUUUCUCGGUCUCCCACACGAGCUUCAAGUCGAGAUCCCGUGUCGUGUCCCUAGUGCAAGUGUGAGUGUGUUUGGUGUUUCUGCGGAGUCAAUGCAAUGUUCUUAUGACCAGAAAGGAAACAGUGUCCCAACUAUUCUAUUACUAAUGCAGCACAGACUAUACUCUCAACAAGGUCUCAAGGCUGAAGGGAUUUUUAGGAUAAACCCCGAGAACAGUCAAGAGGAACAUGUGAGAGACCAACUCAACAGAGGUGUUGUUCCUGAGAACAUUGAUGUGCAUUGCUUGGCUGCUCUUAUCAAAGCUUGGUUUAGAGAGUUGCCUUGUGGUGUUCUUGAUGGUCUUUCUCCUGAGGAGGUUCUUAACUGUAACACUGAGGAGGAAUCUGUUGAACUUAUAAAGCAGUUGAAGCCUACUGAGUCUGCUUUGCUAAAUUGGGCUGUUGAUCUUAUGGCUGAUGUUGUUGAGGAAGAAGAGUUUAAUAAGAUGAAUGCGAGGAAUAUAGCCAUGGUUUUUGCUCCUAAUAUGACUCAGAUGACAGAUCCAUUAACUGCUCUUAUGCAUGCUGUUCAAGUGAUGAACCUGCUUAAGACUCUCAUCACUAGAACACUAGCUGAACGUGAUGGAACGACAAGCGGAUCAGAAGGAUAUUCACCAUCUCACUCAUCAAAUUCACAAAUUGACUCUGAUUCUGACAAUGCACAAGACAUGGAAGUCAGCUGUGAAUCACAAGGCACGGAUUCAGAAUCCGGAGGAGAAGAAGAAGUACAACAACAACAAGAAGAAGAGCACAAAGAUGAAGACGAUAUUGGAUCAUUAAGCUCAAUAGAGAAAUGCUUCUUAAGUCAGCUCAACGACAGUGCUAGAGUUUCAAACAGCAGUAUGUCUGAAGGCUGGAGCCCAAAAUGCUCUCCAGUGGUAUCAUUCACAGACAACAAAAACAACACUUUAGGCUCAAGCACAAGCGACAAAGUCACUAUGGCCGUCUAAUUCAAGUCAGUUUUCACGGUGUUCCUGGUAACAAUCACAUUUGUUUGUAGCUUUC